AUGCUCGCCUCAAUAUUCAAAAAGAAAGAGCCCAAGUCGGAAAUGGGAAACGAUCAUUCGACGAAUCAAUCGGAUUUCCCAAGAAAAAGUAUCGACGAUGGAGCGAUGAGACAGGUGAAAUCGGCGCAAACAACUCCGCGAAUGUCCUUCAAUGGGCCUCGUUUAGUGCACAAAAACUCGGAGCAAUCGUUGAGUGUCUCCGGGAUCGCUAUUAGACAACAUCGACUGUCUGUCGGCGAUUGCAGAAUUCCGGUGGAACGCCGUGGAUCGACUCGGUCAAGGCUGUCGGGCAGCGUUGAUCACAUGGGAAACGCACAACAGAGAAGAGUGAGUCGAGCGAACUUGAAUUUUACCGGAGAAGGCGGUGACGGAGGAAUGAGCAUUCAGGAACAUCUCAAGCUCACACCAUAUCAGUCUCAACUCCUCCAAGCAACUUGGUCAAAAAUUCGCCCAAACAGCGCAACUUUCACGCAAAUUUUCAAAUUGCUCUGUUUCAAAUCAACUCUGGCACGUGAGAUUUUCCAGAAAUUGAGUAUUGUUGAAGGAUUUAAAUCGGAUGGAAGAUGUGAUCUGAAUAUGCACGCCAAGAUGCUUUGUGAUAUGAUGGAUUCAAUCAUCAGUGAUCUCAAUCAACCAUCGAAAAGUGUUCAAGCCAAAUGUACAGAGAUCGGCGUCUCACAUCACAAUGUAAACGAGACAUCAGCCGGCGCUUUGUGGGAAUCGCUUGGGGAAUGCAUGGCUGAGGUGAUCACCAAAGUGGAUUGUGUACGAUCAAAAAGAGAAGCUGGGAAAGCCUGGAUCACCGUUAUCUCCUUUAUGGUGGACGCAAUGAAAAACGGUUACAUGGAUGAGUUCCGUCGACAUCACGUCUCCCGAAAUUCGGUCACUCGACUCAACGAGACUCGAGUGAAACAA